AUGAAGUUUUCAGGAUUUGCAGCUACUGGUCCAAAGGACUUCACUGGUGUAAAGAAGGUUACGUACGAACCAAAGCCAUUUGGAGAUUAUGACAUUGACACCAAGAUUGAAGCCUGCGGAGUUUGCGGAUCUGACUGUCUGACCUUAAGUGGAGAAUGGGGCGACUACAAUACGCCAUUGGUUGUUGGUCACGAAAUUGUUGGUGACGUUGUUGCGGUGGGACCAAAAGCGAAGACCGGUUUGAAAGUUGGUGACAGAGUGGGUGUUGGAGCGCAGUCCUUUGCAUGUUUAGAAUGCAAAGUCUGUGAAAAACAUCAUGAGAACUACUGUCCAGAUCAAGUCGACACCUACAAUGGAUACUACAAGGACGGCGUCCAGUCCCAGGGUGGAUAUGCUUCACACGUGAGAACCCAUGAACAUUUUGUGUUCAAAAUCCCACCCCAGCUUGCUAGUGAACUGGCAGCGCCUUUGAUGUGUGCUGGAAUCACCACAUAUGCGCCAUUGAAACAAUUUCUCGACCUGCAAACUGAAAAGACAGGUCUCAAAGUCGGAGUGGUUGGUCUAGGUGGUCUUGGCCACAUCGCAGUGAUGUUUGCCAAAAAGAUGGGCUUCGAGGUGCAUGUAUUCUCCAGAGGAGACCUGAAGAAAGCUGAUGCGCUUAAGAUGGGUGCAGACUUCUAUCACGACUCUAGCUCUCCUGACAUGGGUAAAGAUAUUCGCUUCGAGCUCGACUUAAUACUUUCCACGGCCAAUGUGUCCAGUAUUCCAUUGGCUGGAUAUUUGAGCACUCUCAAGGUCUUCGGAAAGUUUAUCACUUUGGGGUUACCUCCACAUCCAUUUUCGUUGAAGGCAUUUGACCUUUUGGCAAAUGGAGUGUCUCUUGGAUCUUCUCAUUUGGGAAAUAGAGAAGAGAUGAUUGAAAUGCUCCAGUUUGCAAGUGAUCAUGGAAUUAAGCCAUGGGUAGAGAAGUUGCCCAUCAGCAAGGAUAACGUUGAAAAAGGCUUGCAGAACACCAGCAAGAGCAAGUGCCGGUACCGUCUUGUGUUCACCAACUUCGAAAAGGAGUUUGAGUAG